UUCUUUUAUUGCCAUAUUUUAAUAUUGUAAACACUUUUUGAAUUGAUAUUAGGUUGUUUGUGUAAUUUUGACUUUGUACUAUAUCUUGUCAUUCCUGUGUAUUUAGGGUAGGAAUUGCAGACAGACAUGGCAGACACUGAUGAGAUUAUAGAGGAGGAGGUCCAGGAGGAAGUGGACGACUCAAAAUUCAAACCCAAAUUUAUGCAAAAUAUUCAAGCACCAAAAAUUCCAGAAGGGGAAAAAGUCGAUUUUGAUGACAUCCACCAGCGUUUGGAGAAGGACCUCACUGAGUUGCAGGCCCUGAUAGAGGCUCACUUUAUCCAGAGAAAGAAGGAGGAAGAGGAGCUCAUCGCUUUGGUCAACAGGAUUGACAAACGUCGUACAGAGAGGGCCGAGCAGCAGAGGAUCCGAGCAGAGAGAGAAAAAGAACGCCAGGCCAGACUCGCUGAGGAGAAAGAAAGAAAGGAGCAAGAGGAACAGAGAAAGAAGCAAGAUGAUGAUGCUAAGAAAAAGAAAGUUCUGACCAACAAGACCCAUCAGUAUGGAAGCAUUCAGCAGAGAGCCGAUGCUCGCAAAGGAGGGAAAAAGCAGACAGAGAGGGAGAAGAAGAAGAAGGCUUUGGCUGACAGACGGAAGCCUCUGAGUGUUGAUCAUCUCAGUGAGGACAAACUCAAGGAUAAAGCCAGUGAGCUGUGGCAGUGGUUGAUGGAGCUGGAAGCUGAGAAGUUUGACCUGGCUGAGAAACUCAAACGUCAGAAGUAUGAUAUCACUCUACUCCUUGUUCGGGUCCAGGACAGUCAGAGCGCAAAAGGACGUGGCAAGGCUGGCAGGAGGAGGUAGAAGUGCUCAUGGUUCGAAGAUGGAUGGAAUGAAGAUUGUGAACAUCAUUAAAAAUUAUGCAACUGAAUAGAGAACAACAAAACCUUUAACUGUGUUUAAAUUUGGCUUUACAAAUAAAGCAGUUUGUUCGAACUUG